GGGGCGCUUCACUGUCCCGCGCUCCUCACCAAAACUGCCUUUUCCUCACCCGCUUUUCGAACUGCACACUCGUCCGUCGUCUUCCUCUAGCCUUUUUCUCUCUCCCUAUUUAUGAAAACGUCACUUCAAGUCCCUCCCUUUUUUGAAUCUCAUUAGUUUCUUGUGUGUUUCUCCCUGUCAAUAAUCCUGAAUCCAGACUCUCUCUAUUUCCAUCCCUCUCUAUCUGUCAAUCAGCGCCGCCUUUGAACUGAAAACCACUCCGACCAACUUCAACUCACUCAAUCCGAGCGGCUCAGCUCCAUCUCCGGCUUCUUUUUCUGCCAAGGUUCCCCUCUUUUUAGUUUGUAUAAACCGCCAGUGCUUGGAAAACGCCAAUACAGACUCUAAACUUUAACUCGGAUUCUAGAUCACCAAGAUCAAGGGUUUAAAACUUUGUGUUUUUGCCCCCCAAAAUUGCUCGGGAAAAUGCCGCAGCUCAACGGCGGUGGAGGGGACGAUUUGGGUGCGAACGAUGAAAUGAUUUCCUUCAAAGACGAAGGGGAGCAGGAUGAAAAAAUUUCGGAGAAUUUAUCGGCAGAAAGGGAUUUAGCAGAUGUCAAAUCUUCUCUUGUAAAUGAAUCAGAAACAAAUCAAAACAGCUCGUCAGAUUCGGAGGCGGAAAGACGGCCUCCGCCUAGGUCUGAAACUUUCAGAGACAAAACAAGAGAAAGUUUAGAGGAGGCUGCGAAAAGGCAAGAUGGAGGGCUGUUCAAGAGCCCACCGUACCCGGGCUAUCCAUUUAUAAUGAUCCCCGAUCUUACAAGCCCGUACCUUCCGAAUGGAUCACUUUCUCCAACAGCUCGCACAUACCUACAGAUGAAAUGGCCCUUGCUAGAUGUUAACCACGGAAGUCUUCAAAGUAGACAAGCACUUAAAGAUGCCCGGUCCCCGUCACCAGCACACAUUGUUGGGCCCUUCUGCUUGGAAUUCCCCGGACAGUCAGAUCUGAGCCUUCACCAAUUUCAGUUGUCUAAUAAAGUCCCAGUGGUACAGCACCCUCACCACGUGCACCCGCUCACGCCUCUGAUCACCUACAGCAAUGAGCACUUCACACCGGGCAACCCCCCUCCGCACCUACAGGGAGACGUGGACCCCAAAACAGGAAUUCCAAGGCCUCCACAACACCCAGACAUAUCUCCCUAUUACCCUCUAUCGCCUGGCUCUGUAGGGCAGCUCCCCCAUCCGCUAGGCUGGUUAGUACCACAGCAAGGUCAACCUGUUUACCCAAUCACGACAGGGGGUUUUAGACACCCCUACCCGACUGCACUCACUGUCAAUGCAUCCAUGCAAAGGUUCCCUCACCACAUGGUCCCCCCUCACCACAGUUUGCACCAGACCGGCAUCCCCCACCCUGCCAUCGUCACUCCCAAUGUCAAGCAGGAGUCCUCCCACAGCGACAUAGGCCUCAACAGCUCGAAACACCAGGACUCGAAAAAGGAGGACGAGAAGAAGAAGCAGCCCCACAUAAAGAAGCCGCUGAACGCCUUCAUGCUCUACAUGAAGGAGAUGAGGGCCAAGGUGGUGGCCGAGUGCACGUUGAAAGAGAGCGCCGCCAUCAACCAGAUCCUGGGACGAAGGUGGCAUGCCCUAACACGAGAGGAGCAGGCGAAAUACUACGAGCUGGCCCGGAAAGAGCGACAGCUUCAUAUGCAGCUCUACCCAGGCUGGUCAGCACGAGAUAACUAUGGCAAAAAGAAGAAGAGAAAAAGGGAUAAGCAGCCAGGAGAGGGCAAUGAACACAGAGAAUAUUUUCCAAACCCUUGCCUUUCACUCCCUCCGAUUACAGACCUGAGCGCUCCUAAGAAGUGUCGAGCGCGCUUUGGGCUCGAUCAGCAGAAUAACUGGUGUGGCCCGUGCAGGAGAAAAAAAAAGUGCAUUCGCUACAUCCAAGGUGAAGGCAGCUGUGCCAGUCCUCCCUCUUCGGACGGAAGCUUACUAGUCCCCCCAUCCUCCCCCUCCUCGGUGGCCCCCUCCCCCUCCUCGAAAGAGUCCAAACCUCAGACUGAACAAAUGCAACCUCUCUCACUGACUAUGAAACCGGCCCACCAGCCUCUCCACCACCCGCACCUCCUGGCUGGGCAUCCUCCUCCGCCAUCUUUGGUUCUGCUGGAAAACUCUGCUGCUGCAGCGGGUAAAAUGCCUGGCGCAGCCCACAAUGGAGCCCAUGACCACGGCAAUGUCUCGUCCUCGCGGCAACCGGGCUCCUCAGGCGCCUCCUUGGCCAGGCCCUCGGCAGCAUCGCUGUGUCAUUCCCACUCGCUACACCCCAACUCCACGGCCCCUCAGCCUCUGUCGCUCGUGACCAAGUCUAUAGAGUAGCCUCCCUCCUUAUUCACUCCUGUCCUUCCUUCCUAUUUGUCUAGCUCUGCACACCUCUAUUUGGGCCCUCUUUCUUUUCUAUCUUUUUGUCUAUUUCUGUGCCAUAAGGCUUUGAAAAUUAGUUAUUGUUUUAUCAAAGUUCAUUGGUCAAUAUUUGACCCAUCAUUAUCAAAAAAUAUAUAUAAUUAUUAUAAUGAAUGAAUAAUACAAAGAGCUGUAGAGUAUAGCUUUGGGAAUUUGCCAACAUUUUCUUAACUUUUUAUUUUUUAUUAUUUUUUAUUUUGCAGUGCAACAGCAAAUUGUUAUGUAGUUCCACUUAAACAUGUUUAAAUGACAGAUAUAAAAAGGUAGGUUAGAUGAUUAUUCAAUGAGCCCUUUUCUUGAAAGAGUUGGUUCUCCUUCAUUAUUUGUAUUAAAUACGAGCUUGCGAACCAAUCAUUUGACACCCGUACAAACCCUGGAGGGCAUGAGGAUCGUGGAGACACCUCUCUUACUGAGGAACAACUUUAAUUGUGAUGUUACUUGUUCUUCUUUAAAUGUACAGAAAUAUUGGUGUGUGUGGGGGGGGGGGUAUUGUUUUAAUGUGCAUUGUUCCAUUACGUUGUCUUUUUUGUUGUUGUUUACCUUUGGGGGUGGAGUCAGGUGGGGUGGUUGGACUUGGAGGGGAGACAGGGGAGGGCUAUUGAGGUGGGUGGGGGGGUUGCGCUAUUCAAUACAAAAUGUCACAACGCUAGGACCAGUAGUAUUUAUUGCUUUAGAGAUUGCUUGUUGUAUCUUGUAUGUUGUCCCUUUUUAAAUAUUUUCUUUUCUUAAUACAUUGUAUAAAUAUUUUUUCUUAACGUAAGCAACUUAUAUAUGAAAUGAUCCAUUUUUACAAGGAGGUUUUAAAGGUAAAUCUUUUUGUUGUUGUUGACAACCUGGAUUCCACCCAAUGUACUGUGUAGAUUUCACGAACAGAGGUAUGUACAACUUCAUUUCAAGAAAUGCGUCUAUAAGCCAUUUUACAAAAGAAGAAAAGAAACUUGAAACAACAAGGGACAGUGGGUACCGUGUCUUCAGUAGUUUGGGAAAGUGUCAAAGCCCUUCUUUUUUAUUGCACAGUCUCAUCUCUACCAGACUGUAGAUUUGUGUACAGAUUUUCCGUGCCAAAUUUUGUGAUAAUUUUCUCUCCCCCCUCUAACCACGCUGUAGGGUUUUUCUGUUGUUGAUUGUUUUUUGUUUUUUAAAACCAUACUUUGCUGUGACGUUACAUAGAUUGCUAUGUAUGUAGUAUAAAUGUUGCUAUAACAAAUGUGUUUGGUAGCAGAUUGUCAAAUAUUACAAUUUAAACUGAUUAAAAAGACGGACAUCAUACUGUAUAAACCCACAAGGGCCAAAUUAUGUAUAUUAGGAGGUUCAUAAAAAACUAUGAAAUAACUACAAAAAAAUACACAAACUGCCACUUUUAAGUACACAGCUACAUAUAGGUAGAUAGAAAAAAUAGGCAUGUUGAUGUUGCAAGAGGCUGUAAAAAAAGCUACAAGAGAAUCAUCCACUCGGUACCAUUGUAGUUGACAUGACGCGACUGUAACCUGUCGAUUUCUUCUCUGGUUUAUUAAGAUGCUAAUGAUGAAUAGUUUGAAUGUUUCCUUAACGGCUGUGAUGUUCCUGUUCUAUUUUAUGCUCUUAUCUUUUGUUAAAUUUUUUGUUUUUUUCCCUGUUAUUUUAAAUGGUUCCAAAACCAUGUUUUUGUAAUGAAUAAAUGUUUAUGCUGUACAGUC